UUGUUCCAUGAAUGCACAGUAAGUGCACACUAAAUUGUACAUUACAGGUGUGGUCAGCACAUGACAGCUAUACAGCAAAAACACUACUAAUGGCCUCAAGAUUGAUCCUUUCUAUAGAAAAGUUAGGGUAGGUUAAACACGACAGCAGGUCAAGAAGUUUUACCUGCUCUACUGCAUUUUUGCAAAUAAAGCAAAACUUAAGCAAGCGGAAAUAAAAUUGUAUACAUACGCUAGAUUUAGAAGUUACUAAAAUUGAAUGGAAAAUGCAAAAAAAAUAAAUAAAUCAUGUAGCCAGGCUGUGUAUAAAUGCAUCUUAGCAAGGCUGACUGCAUGUGAAACCAGCUCACAGUACAAACAGAAGACGACGGAACUUGAUUGCAUGUGGAAUAUCUGUUACUUCUUGUUAAAGCUACAAGACUGAGCACUACUGCAUUCCUGCUGAGAGGCUUAGCCUUAGGGUCUGCACUGACAGGGCAGACUUAUCGCAACCACUGCACUGAUGGAAGCAAAGCAGGCGAGCAGCAACACGCUCCUUGUUGGAGAAGAACGUUUACAAAGUAGAGCACAGAGGUGUUAGCUGCGGUUGUGACAGAAGUAUUUGCCAUGACAUCAUGAGUUACCCAUCGAGCUGAAAUAAGAACACAAAGAGCCUCGCCUUGAUUAUACUGAUUACAGAUUACAUAUUAACAAGUGUACUAGUAGACAACAGAUGAAUUAAUGUUUUUAUUAGGUACAAAGACUAUAUGUAUAGCUACAGAGAGUGGUUUUGACUUUAUUUUUGACCGAUUAAGACAAACUUUAGAUCAAAUGUUCUCCAAUGUUCCCCUGGCCUGAGAUCUACACUGACUUUUCCUUUACAGAGAGUGCAAAACCUCAGACAAGACAAUUUACAUCAACUUCUGUCAGUGAAUUAUUGCUAUUCCUCUAUCAGCUAGCUGGAAAAUAUAGUUAAUGAUCAACUUCAAUCACUCGAGAACGGUUUCAAACAAGAAGUCAUAAACAUGACGCCCACCAGGAAGGUAAUAAAACGCUGAUUCUGUGAAAAAAAUGUCAGUCAAUCCUCCAGCUAACCUAGAGAUCAAAAAUUAAUGAAACAUUACUUUGCAAUGAGCCACAACUGUGUGAAGGAGAGGGGAGAGGGGGGACAGAGGAGGAGAAUGGGUGAGGGAGACCCUGACCAGUGUGUAGGCGUGAACUGCUCCAUGCAUUGCAUGUGCACUGUUAGAGCAUCCUAACCAGUCAUCCUGCUGCUCAGCACCAGCCGACUGGAAAAAUAACUUCAUCAAACUGUCACUGCAUUGAUCCUGGCACUGGUGAGUGAUUGCUUCAAUAUUCUCUGUUGUGCACAGUUGUACAAAUACAGCAUAUAAUGGGUUAAGAAAUAUCAGUAUUUUACUGCAUCAGUUGAAUGUAGACACUUUAAAUGAAGAAGACUACCAUUAAUAUUCACAUUGUAUGUGGUUAUGACUGUAACUGACAAUUACUUCUGUUAUUUUCUCAGUUAAGGGAAUAGUUGUCUCUGCAAAAUUUCAGAAAAAUGGUAAAAAAAUAUUAAGCUAAAGGUCAUGCCAUCAAAUAUCUUCUUUUGUGCACAAACCAAAGAUAUUCAGUUUACUGUCAAAUAUGAGUAAAGAUGCAAGAAAAUAUUCAAACUUUAGCAGCUGUAAUUAGAGAACUCAAGCUGAUUAAUUUAUUUACCAAAAGAGUUGCUCUAUAUGUGAUAUUUUCAUUGGCUUUUACAUUUAAAGAACCAAAUAAAGGUACAAUAUGUAACAUGAUGAGAUUCAGAGUCAGUGACAAACUGCUACAUACUUUGCAACUCUUGAUCAACCUCAGUUUAACAGUUAUAUACUCUGUGUUGGUUAUAAUUUAACUACUAUGGAAUAGCAGUUACUACAGCACCAAAAUAUGCAACUGAGGCCAUUCAUUAUUAUAUGUCAGGAAAGGAUAAUGAUCCCCGCUUUAAUUGCAAUUCUACAGAUUCAUCCAUAGAAUGUAAAAGGAUGGCAGAGAAAACUGGGACACUACAAAUAAAAAAAAAACAUUAGUGUCUUUAAAAUAAUAUUACUGAUAAUGACAACAUGUCACUUGAGAUGCUACUAGAAGUUACCCAAAAGACAUGAAACACUUCAGUGAGUAAAUUUAGUUAUUUUUAUACUCACAAUGGGAUUUAAAGAAUAAAUAGUGUUAAGAAAGUGUAAAUUAGCAUAUUAUAUAUACAUAUCCAUAUAUAUGCAUGCUGGAAAUGAUGGUUCACUGAUAUUUGCUUAUGUACUACAACCUUAGUUAAAUUAACGCCUCUGGCAAUCUCAAUGUAAGAUUAACUUUAUGAGCUUGACAAAAUAUGACUUCAAUGUGUAAAUAGUAUUACAUCGUGAGGUGUUUCUUUUGCUCCCACUUCGCAUUUAAUAAAAACCAAAUGUUUGCUUGUUUUAUGAGAGCAGGAAGUUGCACUUAAAAUUUCAUUGGCAGAAUUCACCCGUCUGUCCUCUACAUCAAACAUUAAUUCAUCUGUGUCAGUCACAGUAGUGUAUUCGUACCUCUAAAGCAAAUUUACAUUCCAUAAAACAUCUAACAUUUUGAGUUAAUUAAGAUUUGACCUGCCACAGGUUUGAUUGCUGCACCACAAGUGACCGAACAUGUUCCCUGGCUCACUUCAACCAAAUGUCCAUGAUGAGAAAAACAUGCUGCUUUAAAGUGGUGGAUAUUAUUUUGAGAUAUGGAGCACUGGAAUAUGACUGAUCUGACAGCCAAACCAAUCUCACCUUUGUCUAACUGUACUGUGGAUACCAGCUACCGCUUCACCUUCUACCAAGUGUCCUACAGUGUCAUCUUCCUGCUGGGGUUGGUCACCAACAGCUUGGCUCUGCGCAGACUGUGUCUAUCCUCCUGCACCAUGAACAGCACAGCCAUUUACAUGGUCAGUCUGUCUACUGCUGACUUAUUUUUUGUGAUCUCUUUACCAUUGAGAAUCUACUACUAUCACCAAAAGGCUCGAGCUUUGUCCUCCAAGACAGGAGACUGGUCUGGUUGGACUCAUGGGGUGGCUUUCUGCCAGAUCACUUUCAUCCUCAAAUACAUCAGCUUGUAUGGGGGAAUCUUCUUCCUGGUGUGUAUUGCUGUGGACCGUUACUUUGCUGUAGUGCACCCUCUGGCAUCAACACUCCGCAGGCGGCGUGUUGCACGGGUGGUAAGUGGGGGGAUCUGGUGCCUGGUGCUGGGGCUCAGCGUGGGUCUGCCUUUGCUGCAGUCACUUGCCACUCGCCAGAACCAACCCUGUCUGCUGGACCCAUCCUUGCAACACCACCGCACCAUCAUCCUGGUAGCCCUGGGUGUAGUGCUGGGGUCAUUUCUGUUGCCCACUCUCAUACUCCUUUACAGUUACUGCAGAGUGCUGCGUGUGCUUAACCAGCCGAGACACCGCUGCCGCAGCCACCGCCGCGGCCGUCAGCACACCCUCAGGGUUAUCUACUGGGUGCUGGGCGUCUUCCUGCUGUGCUUCCUCCCCUACCACAUCAACCUGCUGGGAUAUACACUCACACACAUGGAGCUGCUGCCCCACUGUGGCCUGGCCAAGGUGACCAAGGCUGUGCACCCAGUGGUGCUCUCCCUCGCCAGUUUCAACUGCUGCCUCAACCCAAUUAUCUACUAUUUCUCCAGCAGCCUGGUGCACAGGAAGGGUCCUGCUGGUGGAGGCAGCGGCAGCCACUGACACACAGUGGACACACAUAACUUCACACAACUACUGGAAAGAACCUUUUGAUGAAUCUUAACAUAUGUUAAGAACACAAGACUGGUAAACAGUAAUACAACUGACUAUGCCAGGGUCCACUCUCAUUACCGUGUAUGUGUUAAUAUGUGUGUGUAAAUAUGCAAUCUGUAUUCUAGGAUGAAUUUCAACAUAUUAAACGAUCUUUGUGUGUUCAUUUUAGCGUGACUGCUGGGGAGCAGUCUGGAGUUCAGUGUCAUGAGAUGAACACUGCGACUUGGUUACUUCUUCUGUGUAUUUUCUCAUUACAACUUCAAUGUGAUUGUGAAAUAUUUACAUUUUUUAUAUGCAGUGAAUGUUGAAUUUAUGCGUAUUCUGCCUCUUUCACAAAAAUGCUGAUUAAAAGUUAUGAAGCAGUUUAAU